UUGUUUUUAGUUCAAAUCACCUGAAGGCUUGAGAGUGAGCGGGAGUGGGGCUGGGGUGGGGGGCAGAGAAAGAGGAAAACCGAGGCGAGCAGAGAGAGCCCAGAGGCAGAAGGAAGGGGCUGGUGCAGGCAAGGCUGCUGAGAGGAGAUCAAAAGACAGGGGGUGCACUUGACAACCAGCAUGCAGAGAUGUCAGAAGAGGCAGAAGUGGAUGUGAGAGACAGAGAGACACAGAGACACAGAGAGCGAAAGAGGGCAAGAGACUUGACUUUAAGAGACUCCUGCACUGACAACUCCAUGCAGUUCGGAACAAGAACGGCAACGACCGAAUCUGGUUUCAUGGGGACAUGGCAGAACGCUGACACUAACCUCUUAUUCAGAAUGUCCCAACAGGCCAUCCGCUGUACACUGGUAAAUUGCACAUGUGAAUGUUUCCAGCCAGGGAAGAUUAACCUGAGAACCUGUGACCAUUGUAAACAUGGCUGGGUGGCACAUGCUUUGGACAAGCUUAGCACUCAGCAUCUGUACCACCCUACCCAAGUGGAGAUUGUGCAGUCCAACGUAGUGUUUGACAUCAGCAGCCUGAUGCUUUAUGGUACCCAGGCUGUGCCUGUGAGACUGAAGAUAUUGCUGGACCGACUCUUCAGUGUAUUGAAGCAGGAAGAGGUGCUGCACAUCCUGCAUGGCUUAGGCUGGACGCUUCGGGACUACGUUCGGGGCUACAUCCUUCAGGAUGCUGCAGGCAAGGUGCUGGACCGCUGGGCCAUCAUGUCCAGGGAAGAAGAGAUUAUUACCCUUCAGCAGUUUCUAAGAUUUGGAGAAACCAAAUCCAUCGUGGAGCUGAUGGCAAUUCAAGAAAAAGAAGGGCAGGCUGUGGCUGUGCCAUCUUCAAAGACAGAUUCAGAUAUAAGGACUUUUAUUGAAAGCAAUAAUCGCACUAGGAGCCCGAGUCUCCUUGCUCACCUGGAGAACAGCAACCCUUCCAGCAUUCAUCACUUUGAAAACAUCCCUAACAGCCUUGCGUUUCUGCUUCCAUUCCAGUACAUAAAUCCCGUCUCUGCUCCAUUGCUGGGGCUGCCUCCAAAUGGCCUCCUGCUGGAACAGCCUGCUCUGAGGCUGCGUGAGCCAAGCCUUUCUACCCAAAAUGAAUAUAAUGAAAGCAGUGAAUCUGAAGUUUCUCCCACUCCUUUCAAGAAUGAGCAGACAUCCAGCAGGAAUGCUUUGACCAGCAUCACAAAUGUAGAACCCAAAACUGAGCCAGCCUGUGUGUCUCCUGUUCAAACAUCGACACCCAUUAAUGAUUUGUCCAAAACUGAGCACACGAAAAGCUCAUUCAGGAUUCACAGAAUGAGAAGAAUGGGAUCGGCGUCAAGAAAAGGGAGAGUGUUCUGCAAUGCGUGCGGUAAAACUUUCUAUGACAAAGGUACUCUCAAAAUUCACUACAAUGCAGUUCAUCUUAAAAUCAAACACCGGUGCACGAUUGAAGGCUGCAACAUGGUCUUCAGCUCUCUUAGAAGUCGCAAUCGUCACAGUGCUAACCCUAAUCCCCGCCUUCACAUGCCUAUGCUAAGGAACAACCGAGACAAAGAUCUAAUCCGUGCUACAUCAGGAGCUGCCACCCCCGUCAUAGCAAGUACAAAAUCCGGUCUUACCUUAACGAGCCCUGGUCGGCCUCCAAUGGGUUUUACUACUCCCCCACUAGACCCUGUACUACAGAACCCUCUUUCUAGCCAGCUGGUGUUUCCAGCUUUAAAGACUGUCCAGCCUGUUCCUCCUUUUUACAGAAGUUUACUUACUCCUGGAGAGAUGGUGAGCCCUCCAACCUCAUUACCCACCAGUCCCAUCAUACCAACAGGUGGUUCAGUGGAGCAGCAUCCUCCUCUUCCUUCAGAGUCAUCGGUACCUGUGUUGGUGAUGCCUACCCAUGAGCCUAAUGCUGACCUUGCCCCUAAAAAGAAACCAAGGAAGUCAAGCAUGCCAGUUAAAAUAGAAAAGGAAGUUAUUGAUACGGCUGACGAGUUUGACGAUGAAGAUGAUGAAGCUAAUGACAACAGCACAAUGGCUAAUGAUAUUGGUCAUGACAAUCACUGCCAUUCGCAGGAGGAAAUGAGCCCAGGAUUGUCUGUGAAAGACUUUUCUAAAAACGGUAGAAGCAGAUGCAUUUCCAGGACAGAGUUAAGAAGGGCAGACAGCAUGACCUCAGAAGACCAAGAGCAUGAGAGAGACUAUGAAAACGAGUCAGAAUCCUCAGAGCCAAAAUUGUGUGAGGAAUCCAUGGAAGGUGAUGAACACAUCCAUGAAUCCAGUGAAAAGUCUAUGAUGAACAGUGAGAUGCCAGAUGAAAAUCACAGUGAAUCUUCUCACCGGGAUGUAAUUAAGGUGAAGGAAGAGUUUACAGACCCUGCGUACGAUGUGUUUUACAUGAGCCAAUAUGGACUGUAUAAUGGCGGCAGUGCCAGUGUGGCUGCCCUUCAUGGAAGUUUCACGUCAGCAUUCAACUACAACAGCCCUCAGAAGUUCUCUCCAGAAGGUGACCUGUGUUCCAGCCCAGAUCCCAAGAUCUGCUACGUCUGCAAGAAGAGUUUCAAAAGUUCCUACAGCGUGAAGCUUCACUACAGGAAUGUUCAUUUAAAAGAGAUGCACGUCUGCACAGUGGCUGGCUGUAACGCUGCCUUCCCAUCACGGAGAAGCAGAGACAGGCACAGUGCUAACAUAAACCUGCACCGUAAACUGUUGACCAAAGAACUGGAUGACAUGGGACUGGACACCUCUCAACCUUCUCUUAGUAAGGACCUCCGUGAUGAAUUUUUGGUGAAGAUCUAUGGCACCCAGCAUCAAAUGGGGCUUGACAUAAGGGAAGACACCUCCUCACCAGCUGGUACUGAGGAUUCCCACAUGAAUGGGUAUGGAAGGGGCAUGUCUGAAGACUACAUGGUCCUAGACCUGAGCACCACCUCCAGCAUCCAGUCCAGCAGCAGUAUCCAUUCCUCAAGAGAAUCUGAUGCAGGCAGUGAUGAGGGGAUUCUCCUGGAUGACGUUGAUGGGGCAAGUGACAGUGGGGAAUCUGCACACAAAAUGGACACCCCUGCCAUAGGUGUAGGUAUGGGUUCCGACCUUCCAGGAUCCCUCAUGUUCAACAAUGUUUCAAUGAGCAACGGUGGGAUAAUGUGUAACAUUUGCCACAAAAUGUACAGCAACAAGGGGACCCUCAGGGUGCACUAUAAAACGGUGCACUUGCGAGAAAUGCACAAGUGCAAAGUCCCUGGGUGCAACAUGAUGUUUUCCUCUGUCCGCAGCCGAAAUCGGCACAGUCAGAACCCUAACCUGCAUAAAAACAUUCCCUUCACUUCAGUAGAUUAGUUUAAGGAUGGACACGCAAAUGCCAGCUCUCACGGAGGGCCUACCAUGUUUGAACUGCCAUAUACAGUAUAUAUAUGUAUGUGUAUAUAUAUGUGUGUGUAUGUAUAUAUAUGUAUGUAUAUAUAUGUGUGUGUAUGUAUAUAUAUGUAUGUAUAUAUACACACACACACACACACACAUAUAUAUAUAAAAAUAUAUAUAUAUGUAAUCUUUUUCUUUUUUAACAAAAGGAAAACACCAGGUGCUUUUGUUUGUUUGUUUUCAUUUUCCUUCGUUGGGUUUGGGGUGGGGGUGGGGGCAGGGGAAGGUUAAGAAGGGAUGGAAUCUUUAACUGGGGGUGAAAUACCCUCAAUAAAAACCACAGGAACUUGCAAUUAGCCCCAGUUUUGUUAGGAAAUUCUUGGUCAUCUCCAAAGAGACAAAUUGUUCUACCCAUGAUUAUUGUCUGCAAAAAAACAAAAAACAAAGAAGCAAAAAGAGGGUGGGGGGAAGAAUUUCUUGGUUAUCAUUGUGUACUUUAAGCCGUUGGGAGAAACUUCUACUAAGCAUGGCUGUUACACUUGUAUAUAUAUUGAGCCUUGAGAGGCCUAUGAUGUAAAACAAUUGUAUUGAUGGUGGUUUAACUCUCUCUCUUUUUUAAUUUUUACAGUUACAUCCAGCUGUUAGAUAUGCAGAAAAAAAUAGUUUACUGGCUAGCUCUAUUCAAUUUAUGUUAGCUUUAAUGCACAUUUUUAAAAGAAACACGGUCUUGUUUUAACUACCUGCUAUAUAUAAGUAAUACAGAGGGGCUGGCAUGCUUUACAGUACCUGAUCUGAUGCAGCUUUUUUGUCUUGUACUAUUACAUAAAUCCAGUCAUGCACUUUUUUCAUACACUACAAGGGGAUGUGUAAUAAUAUCCAUGCUUUUUUUUCCCUUAAACUAUUGCCAUAUUUUCAGUAAGUGUCUUUAAAAAAAACACACUUAGAUAAAAGUGGUCUGGUCAGUAUGGGGCAUGAAUGCCAAACAAAAAGUAUUAGUAUUUAGUGUUAAUACAAAAGUGCCAACUUUGCACAAGUUUUCAGAAAAGAAAAUAUAACUAGUUACUCACUAUAAACCAGAGGCUGAGUUUUUGGCUAACAGAAAAAUGCUAGGGGAAGAAAAACAUAAAGAACACUUGGUGCUUUUUUCAAAUGUCAAAUAUUAUUAGAAUCAACAGUGCAUCUUUAUUUCUUAUAUGUUACACUACAUAAAAGGAAAACAGAAUUAUGUGGUGUGAAUCAGUGGAGGCAUUUCCUCUGUUGAGCAAGGAUAAUAUUGCAGGAUAUAGAUGCCGAAAUUACUUACUGCCGAACAAAGCUAGAUACAGUGAAUCCAUUCUGGUGCUCCUUAGUCCCGGGCUUUUGUGUUCUUUAAAAAAAAAAAAAGAGAGAAAAAGAAAGAAAGUCUUAACUCUGUUGUUCUGUAAAGUUGUCUGAUUUGCAUUGGAAAGUGCUGUAGUAUGAUUAAGGCAUGUUUUAUAAAAGCAAACAAAAGACAUUAAUGGCAGAAGCACUUAGAAGCACUGAAAACACAUGCUGGACUUUUUAUUGGUUACCUUCCCUUUGGAUAAAUUAGAGGCAAAACCAAAGCUAUAGUUGUGUUAAUGUUUUGUGUUUUACGCAUAUGGUUCAUCAGAGAAGAAUGAAAGUAAGUCCGAGAGAGAGAGAGAGAGAGAGAGAGAGAGAAGAAGCAGUUGAGAGAGACAGAGGGAAAGGCUGCCCUCCGAAUCUUUUUUUGUUUCCGGUGUUUACACAUGGUGCUUGAGCUGGUAAACCGCACUGGCAGCCUAAGCUACCACAACAUACUGACUGAAUGAUGAUAUUUACUUAAGUUCAGCCUACAGCCAAAACCAUUAGGGUGUGUGUUAUAGACUUUUUUUUUAAGCCAAGAAAUAUUUCAGCAUACAAUGCUCACUUAAAGACAAUGUAUUCCUUUUCUGUAUUUAAUGGCCUAGAACAUUUCUCUUGUUAUGCUGAGAGUCAGAAAUGCUCCUUUGUUUCAGCUUCAGGUUGUUUUGAUUUGUUGUGUAUUUUGAUCAUUUUGUCCACGUGAGCAUUCACUCCUGUUAAAUUUGCCAGAGGAAACUGUUAAUAUGGAUCCUUUCCCUUUAGGAUUUAUUGUACAUUUCAGUAUUCCAAAAGUAAGACUCAACAGAUAAUGCAGUGUUUCCAUUUGUAGAAAAUAAAAUUUAAAAAAUACUUCUAAAGAGACUGAAAACAUGCUUCUAUGGGAUGUGUUAUUUAAGGCGAGCUUCUGGUCACUCUUUAGUAAUGUACAGUGAGAAAAGACUGAAAACAUCUGUGGAUUCCAUAGAAACUAUAUGAAAAGUCCAGUGUGUCAGACAAGAAAUAUGUGUCAGACAAGAAACCCUAAGCAGUUUUUGCUGACUUAUUAUUUUACAUUUUUUCACUUUUCCCCAAAUUCUUAAAUAUUUUCCUCGUCAAAUUAAGUGAAGAGGUUUUAUGUUUGUACAUGUCCAGUAUGUUUUUGAAAGAGGGAAGUUAGAACAGUAAAGGUGAAUUCUUCUCAACAUAUGAACCUUUGUAGUGUUAUCUGUACUGCACUCCUGUCACAAUCCUAAGCUAUUAGGAACCAAGCAAGAUGGAAAGUUUGAAAGACAAAACAAAAAUAACUGAAUAUCUACAGAAAAACACUGUUUUUGAAGUAUGUAUGGUAUAAAUAAAUAUCUUUUUUUAAUGAAAAACACAUUUGAGGUAUAUAAAUAAUUCUUUACUGGAUGAAUCACAGUUCUGCAUUCUCAUUUUACUCUGUUUCUGCUAAAGGUCAAAUGGUUUUGGUAAACUAGUUUGGAAACUUAAACAUCAUCAGCAGAUCAAUUCAGCAAAUGAAUUACACAGAAAAUGUCUGUUUAUUACACAAAAUGAAACAGGAUGUUAGAAGAGUAUAACGGAUCAGAGACAAACCUCCGCAAGUUUUUAUAAGCCUUGCAGUCCUGUUGUCACGACACCCUAAACUAAUCCCCUAUUGUGCUUAAGCAUUGUAGGAGAAGAUGACUGUUUAUAGAAAAGCUCAGCAUUCUUCAGUAUCACCCUCCCACUCCUUGGAGAGGAUCUUACAUGCUGCCAUAUCUAGACGUAAUUAAUGUAUUCCCCCAACACUUGUGAUGGCUUAUGACAGUGGUUGGUUUUGUGAGGACACUUAAACUCCCAUUGAACUGAAUGGAAGCUUCCCCCCCCCCC